GAUUAUUUUGUUGCCUGGUAACCGAGUCGAAGAAAUGACGUCUUAACUGAGCUGCCGGCUACUUCCGGGAACAUCAUGGCGGAGGAAGAGGAAACCGGGUCUGUAUUACAGGAGCUGCAGGUUCUACAGUCCAUUUAUCUGGAGGAGCUGGAGGUAUCUGAGGAAGACGGGUUGGUGUUGAGAAUCACUUUACAUCCAGCAACUGGCGAUGACCUGGAGACCCAGUAUGUGCGCCUAACCCUACAACUGUCCCUCCCAUCACAGUAUCCUGAAGAACCACCUGAGAUAAGUGUGAGCAACCCCCGAGGUCUGUGUGAUGAGCAGAUUCAGAGUAUCAUCAAUACGUUACACGUGACUGCUACACAGUCUGCGGGAUGUCCUGUUCUCUAUCAGCUUAUUGAGAAAGGGAAGGAGAUGCUGACAUCCAGCAAUAUUCCUCGUGGCCACUGUGUCAUCUGCCUAUAUGAAUUUCAGGAAGGCGAUUCGCUCACAAAGACAACGUGUUUUCAUCACUUUCAUUCCCACUGUUUGGGUCGGUACGCCAAGCACUGCCGAGACAACAGUCUUGGAAAGGAAUCUGUCGUCAUAUGUCCUGUUUGUCGUGAGAAUUUGACCUGUGACUUGAGCAAGCUGCAAGAUGCCUCACCCCCACAGCAGCCAGAGGAGCUGUAUGUCCCAGACACCUGUACACUACAGAGAGAAAAGGAACUCCGCCAGGUAUAUGAGAGGCAGUUGGCAAAUGGAGGAAUUAUUGACCUUGAAGCGGAAAAAAAUCGCUUUUUCAUUAGCAUCCAGGAGACACCUGCCAGUGACCUCCAAGUACCACAGGAAGACCAAGUCUCUGCUGAACCGACGGCUCCGGCUGCCGUAUCAAGGAUGGAACCACCUCCCCUUCUCUGUCUUUCCAAGCAGCACCGUGGUGGACACAGGCCUGGUGUAAAAACACCUCUGAACAUGGGUGGUAGAUCUUUCCAUCAUGACCACCCUGAUGGCCAGCCCUGGCAGAAUAGCAGAGGAUGGGCUGCCCACAACAGGUGGAGGUCGGACACUCGGAGGCUGUGGAGAGAGGAGGCUGUCUCCAGGGACACUCAGACACACACCAGGGGGAGGGUUAAGGGACGUAACUGUCGGACCACUGAAACUGUCCAGCCACCACAGAGAGACAGCACGGACAGCUCAUUGGAGGAACAGCAUGCCCUCUAACACACACUGCAUCAAGUCUGAAUAAAGCGGACAGUUCUGAGUAAUGUCCACGUCCUUCAUUAUGUGAGCAGUGUAUGGGGUUUGGGUGGGGUUUGAAGGGACUAUAAUAGAAGAUGCUGUAUAAUAGUAUAUUUAUGUUAUAUUAGUCUGAAUGCCCUCUUUACCUGUCAGGUGGGACACACAUCUUACACUUGCAAUGUUGGGACCCAUUACCAAUAAACUAAAAAUCAUAAAUUAA